GAUCAGCAGGGAUGGCCCCUCUUGGUGAGGGUUCGCUGGCAGGGCCGCCCGACUACGAGGCGGGCGGCAGAAGCAGAGAGAGCGCGAGUGAGGGUACGCCGGGGGGUCGGCCGUAGAGUUGUGUUUUCGUGCCCUUUCAUUCCACUUUCUGUUUCAUCGCGCGAAUCAAAUGUCUGCCCAGCGCCAUCGUGGGGUUGGCGCAUCGGGUUCUCGUGACGUCUCGCCCAACGUCGAACAUCUAUGUACAAGCCCUACUUCAACAUAUUUUUUUGGGCUCCAGCUCUGUCCCCUUCAAGUAUCUCAACACUUUCGUGACGGCUGGUUUUGUGUCGCUUUGACCUCUACGGUUCUGUGUUUGCAUUGUCUAUUUUUGACUAGCUUUCUAACGUGCUAUAUUCGGUUCAACAUGCAUCGAUAAACUUUUCCCCACCAUUCUAUCGCCAGAGUAGCUAAUACAAGACCAUGUCGAAAUACGACGACGACAGAGGUCAACCCAGGGAGAAGGAGAGGGUGCCUGCUCUCAAGGCGACCGAUUGGAAGACGCCACAUGGCCAGGUCAAGGCACAACAUAGCGACGUCGAAGAUGUAUCACCGCGGUCCAGAGGCGAGAUCCCUCUAACAGAGAGGCACACGGAAGAAAUCCGAAGACGAAUCGAGGAAGCCAAAGAAAAAGCAGCAAGGACGAGUCCUGUCCAUGAUGCUCCAACACCGCCUCGGACUUCAACUCAACCAGCUGUUCCGCCUCCGAUAAAUCCCAACCUGCCUACGUCUAGUCUGAGCUCAGUAUCCCCGGAGCUUCUGACGGAGCUGCGCAAGAUCAUCAGGGAGGAGGUCGAACAGUUGAACAAAGGGGAGGUUCAAGCCGGGCAGGGCGAUAGAACAGCAAGACCCCCGAGGCCAACAUCGCCUAUUCGUUCGUGGACGGACACCGAGGACCAUGUCAUGCCUGCUGCCGCCACUGCCGCCGCAGCCGCCACUGCUGCAAGCUUGUCGAAGGAUGGUGGUGAGAAGAGAUCAAGUCCAAAUACAGGAGGACCAUCACCGACGACGACGCAGCACAAGGAACCGCCACGGCAGUCAACUGUGCGCUUCAGCAACGAGACCAAAGCGGCCAUGCCUGUACCACCUCGAAGUGGCGAGGACGACAACCGCAAGGCCUCUUCAGCUAAGGACGCCAGGCAGAUGACGGCCAUCGACCAGAAGUGGGGGGUCCUGUUCGAUAAGGAGGGCGAGUCGACCAAGCGGAUGGAGCACGUUGUCAAGGGUCUGGCGAACUACAUCAUUGAAGAAUUCAUGCCACAGCACUCCAUCGUGAUCACACCCGAGAAGAUGUCAGCGUUCUACUCGCACCACCGCCUGGACAAGGAGGUAUUCCCCUUUGCCGUCCUGUUCAAGUCCAAGUCGAAGCACCUCAACGAAGCCUUGGAAAGCCUCUACGAGGACCUGGGGUGUCAAUACUUCCUUACCCCGGCCGACAGCAGGUCACGACCCAGUGUGCCUGCCUUGACGCCUGCGGGUUUCAAGCACUGGCUAGUCUCGUUUGUCCAAGCAUAUCCAGACGAGGAGGCCAAGCGCUUGGACAAGGUUGUGUCGGCUCUACCGAUUGAAGCGGACAGCCUUCUGGACGGCAAGCGGGAGAGGCUGCCGAAACAAAUAUCACGAUACCUUCUCCCAGAGAAGCCCGUACGGAAGGUGCAGAAGAUGGUUGAUGAGGCGAUGAGAGACUUCACGCACGAAAUCAAUAAUUCAUCGACAUCGCAGUCAAACAUAGACAGCAACAGCAGCAGUGGGAGUAGGCCAACGCCGAUUGUCGUAACUCAGGAAAAACGGCCAUCGAUGACUACGAGCGGCGCACAGAGCUCAAGCUCACGGUACAUACCAGACGGCGCUUUUAAAGAGAGCAGGGCGGAUGACGGAGGGGCGGGUCAAGAGAGGGACAGACGAACGAUCUCAACUGCAGCGAGUAACAGCCGAGACCACGACGAUAGCCGCCGAAAAUCAAUGCCCCCACCACCCGGGCCUGGCCACCUCGGGAGGACGAACUCGCUCGACACGGGCGGCCGGACUUCACAGAGCAGCAGGACGGGCCACGCCUCAUCGUCUGGUGGCGGGCUGGGCAGGUCAGCGACCGGGUCGUCAUCCUCUUCCUCGAGGAAGAACCGCAGCCCCACGAGAAACCUGCACAGCCAGUCGGUGCCGUCGGGUCUCGACCGCAACGAUGUGGGGGCCGACCGGCGGUCGUCUAUGAUAUCGGCGGCGGCAGCCAACGUUGCGGCGGCAGUUCUGAGGCCCUCUUCGCGUGCUGCGAUGUCAGCGGCCCAUCUCGCCUCGCAGGGCAUGUCAUCGUCGACGCCAGCCCUGGACACCAACGCACGAGAAACACGCAGUGGCGGCGAAGCCCGCGACAAACGGCCCAGUCUGGACGAGUCGAUGCCGCGGUCGGCGUUCAACCUGAGAGACAGGACAGGCCUCGAUAGCAGCAGCUCCAGCAAGCAGUCCAAGAGGCGAAGCAUGGUGCUCCCUGACCUCAAGGGGCCGACGUGGGACGACUACCUCAAGGGCUCAGCGCCCAAGUCGUCCACCUCGUUCAUAAAGAGAGCAGACCCAGGAUACCACUCGUCAGGAUGAGGAUGCAUAUAGGCUGUGAUGGUUAAAGGGAGGAGCAGCGCAGGAUUAGCUCGCAGGAGUGAGCACGUGAUGGCGGUUGCGAUAUGCUCCGGAUGGUGGUUGAUGAAUUGCCUCUUGGAGAGGCCGGGGAUCACGAAUUUGGAAUCAUGGUAGCGGCUGGAGUUUUUUCUGUAUGUUUUUGGUGAUUUGCACAGUUGAAUACCCCCCAAGGCAGACGUAUUCUGAGAUUGCUUUUUUCCCUCCAUUUCCGAAUGGGAGCCAAACACCUCGAUACGCCUAAC